UUUAAAUACAUAUAAAAACAAAGAUAUGAAAUCUGGUGGCUUAUGAUUCUACUUCUGCAAUAGCAUAUCGAUCCAUGGCUGCUUCUAAUUCUGCCGCUGUUGUUGGUAAUGCUUCUUCCUCUCUCUCUCUCUCUGUUACCAAAAAGUAUGAUGUUUUCAUCAGCUUUAGAGGAGAGGACACCCGCGGUGACUUCACAAGCCAUCUUCAUGCCGCUCUCGGCAGAAGCAGCAUCGAAACCUACAUAGACUACAGAAUCCAGAAAGGAGAGGAGGUUUGGGUCGAACUCGUGAAAGCCAUCAAAGGCUCCAUUCUCUUCUUGGUUAUCUUCUCAGAAAACUACGCAAAUUCUAGUUGGUGUUUGAAUGAACUGGUUGAACUAAUGGAAUGCAGAAAACAAGAAGAAGAGGUUCAUGUAAUUCCAGUGUUCUACAAAGUAGACCCAUCGCAGGUACGCAAACAGACUGGGAGUUAUCGCGCCGCAGUCGCAAACCAAAAGUGGAAGGACGCUCUCUAUGAAGCAGCCAAUUUAUCUGGCUUCCAUUCUCACACAUACAGGACUGAAACUGACUUGAUUGAAGAUAUUAUCAAAGUUGUUUUGCAAAAGUUAAAUCACAAGUACACAUAUGACUUUAGAGGCCUUUUCAUAUCUGAUGAAAACUAUACAAGCAUUGAAUCUUUAUUGAAAAUUGAUUCAAUGGAAGUUCGAGUCAUUGGAAUUUGGGGCAAAGGAGGUAUUGGUAAAACAACUCUUGCUGCUGCUAUUUUUCAUAAAGUUUCUUUUCAGUAUGAAGGCACUUGCUUCUUAGAAAAUGUGGCAGAGGAAUCAAAAAGGCAUGGACUAAAUUACGUAUGCAACAAACUUUUUUCUAAGUUACUAAGGGAAGAUAUUAAUAUUGACACUAAUAAAGUGAUACCCUCUAAUGUUCCAAAAAGACUCAGGCGUAAGAAAGUUUUCAUCGUACUAGAUGAUGUGAACACUCCACAACUUCUAGAAAAUUUGGUUGGAGCAGGUGCUGAGUGGCUAGGAGCUGGUAGCAGAGUCAUUGUGACAACCAGAGAUAGGCAUGUACUUAAAAGUAGAGGUGUUGAAAAAAUUCACGAAGUCAAGGAAAUGAACUUUCAUAACUCCCUUAAACUUUUCAGUUUAAAUGCCUUUGGCAAAACCUAUCCUACAGAGGAAUAUGAGGAGUUAUCAAAAAGAGUAAUGGUUUAUGCCAAAGGAAUCCCUUUAGCUUUGAAAGUUUUGGGAUCAUUUCUUCGUUCCAAAAGUGAAAAUGAAUGGGAUAGUGCACUGACUAAAUUAAAGAAGAUUCCUAAUCAGGAAAUUCAGACAGUGUUGAGAUUGAGCUAUGAUGGAUUAGAUGAUGGAGACAAAAACAUUUUUCUAGACAUUGCUUGUUUUUUUAAGGGACAAAAAGGAGACAGUGUGACAAAAGUGUUAAAUGCCUGCGGUUUUUCUGCAGAUAUAGGGAUAAAAAAUCUUUUAGACAAAGCUCUUAUCACUACUACUACAGAUAUGCAUGAUUCUACUACAGAUAGUUGCAUAGAUAUGCACGAUUUGAUACAAGAAAUGGGUAGAGGAAUUGUUCGUGAAGAAUCUAUUGACAAUCCUGGGCAGCGCAGUAGAUUGUGGGAUCCUGAAGAAGUCAAUGAUGUACUGACAAACAAUACAGGAACUGGUGCAAUCCAAGGAAUAUGGUUAGAAAUGUCUCAAAUUCAAGAUAUAAAGCUAAGCUCCAAAUCAUUCAGAAAGAUGCCAAACUUGAGAUUACUUGCUUUCCAAUCCCUGAAUGGAAACUUUAAAAGAAUUAAUUCAGUGUACCUUCCAAAGGGUCUUGAAUUCUUACCUAAAAAAUUACGAUAUUUGGGGUGGAAUGGAUGUCCAUUAGAAUCUCUACCAUCGACUUUUUGCCCUGAGAAGCUUGUUGAGCUUUCCAUGCGAUACAGCAAUGUGCAAAAACUUUGGCAUGGAGUCCAGAAUUUGCCAAAUCUAGAGAAAAUUGACCUUUUUGGCUGCAUAAACCUAAUGGAGUGUCCAAAUCUGUCUCUUGCCCCAAAACUUAAACAAGUAUCAAUAAGCCACUGUGAAAGCUUGUCUUACGUUGAUCCGUCAAUUUUGUCCCUCCCGAAGCUAGAAAUUUUAAAUGUGAGUGGAUGCACGUCGCUUAAGAGCCUUGGCAGCAAUACUUGGUCACAAUCUCUCCAACAUUUGUAUUUAGAAGGAUCAGGUUUGAAUGAACUGCCCCCAUCAGUUUUGCAUAUAAAAGAUCUAAAAAUCUUUGCCUCUUCAAUUAAUUAUGGUCUUAUGGAUCUUCCUGAAAACUUUUCCAAUGAUAUUGUACUCUCUGCACCAAGGGAACAUGAUCGUGACACUUUCUUCACCUUACAUAAGAUACUGUAUAGUUCUGGCUUCCAGUCAGUAACAGGUCUAACUUUUUACAAUUGUCAAAGCUUGGGCGAAAUCCCAGACAGCAUCUCGCUGUUAUCGUCAUUGCUAUUCUUAAGCUUCUUGCAUAGCAACAUCAUAAGCUUACCCGAAAGCCUGAAGUAUCUUCCAAGACUCCAUCGUCUUUGUGUCGGUGAAUGUAAAAUGCUUCGACGUAUACCUGCACUUCCACAGUCCAUUCAGUGCUUCCUCGUCUGGAACUGCCAAUCUCUUCAGACGGUGCUAAGUUCAACGAUUGAACCAUUGGAAUCACCCAACGGCACUUUUCUGCUUGCUAACUGCAUAAAAUUGGAUGAACAUUCAUUUGAUGCAAUAAUUGGCGAACCACCACCAUCAGAAGUAUUAGAAGAUGCAUUCACGGAUAAUUAUAUUUAUCAAACAGCAAAGCUUUGCUACUCUUUACCAGCUAGAAGUGGCAAAGUUCGAGAGUGGUUCCAUUGCCACUUCACACAGUCUUUGGUCACUGUUGAAAUUCCCCCUAAUCUGUUGGGUUUCAUUUUCUACUUGGUUGUUUCUCAAGUCAAAUUAUGCCACAUUGGUUGCUGUGGAAGUAUAGGAUGUGAAUGCUCUUUGGAAACCAGCCAGAAUGAAAGGAUCAGUAUAACAAGUUUCGUUUUAGAUAAAAAUUCCAUGCUUAUUCAUCCACUUCCAUUUGAAUUUAUGACAGAUCAUGUGUUUGUAUGGUAUGAUGGACGAAUUUGCAAGCAGAUAAUGGAACUAGUUAAAGAGAGGAGAGCCAUUAGCAGUGGUGAUCCAAAGCUUAGAUUUAAAUUCUUCAUUCAAACCCGACAUAACCAGGAAGCAGUGAACAUAAAAGAGUGUGGAUUUCGUUGGAUUUGUUCCUUUGAAGAAGGAGGAUGCAAGCCCGAGAGAAGCAGGGAAAUUCAUGAAGUAGAAGCCAAUGUGGUCACAAAUAAAGUGGAGGGCUCUGAGUCUAAUGAGCAAAAAGAAACUUCACACUUGAAAGCAGAAGAGACAGAAGACUUGAGUUAUCGUCUUGAAGAAAUCAUGCAUAUUGGAUUUGGAGGAGACCGCAUGUAACAAGAUGAAAUUGUGGUGCCCUGAUUAUAGCACUCUUGCAAUCUGAAGACGUGCAAGCAAUAGGAUGCUGAGGCAUAGGCCGAGUGUGAAUAUGAUAAAGUUGUUGUGUGUGUUGGACAACAUGCGUACGCCUAAGAGGACUAAUACAAAUUAUUUUGCAAGGAAAACUGGUAGAGGCAUAGAUCCAUAAUGAUGUGCUUAAUAAAAGGGACAAAUGGCUCCAGACUCCAACCAUGAUUGGUAAAUUACCAAGCUGUUGUCUUAUCAAUCUUGAGAGGAAGUAUUAGCUCCAUCUAUGCUUCUGUAAAACUCAGGUGGCUGCUUCUGAGAUUUGGCAAAUAUAUAAAAUGCAAUAUUUCAGGUUUGUCACGCAUCGGAAGCAAGUUUUUCUUAAACAGUGGAAGGAAAGACACAAAUCAAGUUCUUUCAGAGAUUGCUUAUUCCAGUGUCAUGUUCGAUCUACAAGUUAAUGCUUGCUCACAAUGUCAAAUGUACAUGGCCCUCAAUUUGGAAUUUGAUUGUUCCCCGCCCCUAUUUAGGCCCUCAAAUUUUAUGAUGCCACUGCACGACUUGUAACUUGGUUUGAACACUUUUCAAUAGAAGCUACUUCAGAAAUUGCUUGUAAGAUUUUUAAUUCUCUUUUCAGAAUUACGUGCUCAGUAGGUUGUGUAGGAUACCAUAUUUGUGUUUUAGAAGGGAGUCAAUCGAAUUGGUUAA